CUGUGUAAAGGUUGAGAUAUUUAAUCCCUUCCCACUAGUGAAGAUGAACAGAGUAUUGUUCAGCAAAAUGACUGUCACCAGAUUCUCUCUUGUGUUCUCUGGCUGCUUAGUGACUUUUCUCAUUUGGGGAUGCACAAAUGUAAUUUGUCUGGAUAACGACAAAGCAACGGUGCAACCGCUCACAACAACAACAGUGUAUGGGUAUAAUGAAACACAAACAAUGGAUAACGAGAUCUCAGGACACCAACUGCAAUUUCCUUGUGCGAGUGGUCCCGUUUGCCACAAUAUUUGUAAGUUCUGCGAGGAGAAUUAUGGCAAACCAUCAAUGGAGUGUCUUUCUUAUAUAUUUGAUGACUAUUUGCAUUUUUUCAAUGAGAAAAUGAGAUCACUAAACUCAACUGACUGGUGCGUCUGGGAUAAAGUGAGCAGCUCCUACAGCGACUUUAGCACGUACACCGAGACCGUAUCUGACUGCCUGCUGAUCCCAUGGCCAAACUCACUGGUGGAAAAACUCUUUGUCAACAUCCACUCUGAGUAUUUCAAAACGUGCCCCACAGAGGAGUUUAGUGACCCACCACCAGGAAUCGUGUUAGCCCUGGUGAUCACUCCCAUCUGCCUGAUACCAGUUAUGGUCAGCCUGGUGGUGAUCAAAACCAAAAAUGGGGAUGGCACAUCCUGAUUUUAACACUAAAUAUGGCCUUUUAUAUUCAUUUUUGUCCAUCUACUUUACCAUGCUUAGACUGAUCCUAUUCCUUCAAUUCUCCAAAAAUCCUGCAGACGUCUCAGUGACUCAGGACUAAAUGGAGUAAACGCUUUGCUGCUUCGAAUGAUGUCUGUUGAAUGACAAGUGUCUUCUUUCUAAAUGAAAUGAUCAAUAUACUGUGGAAUAACAGUUUCCUGUUUACUGUAUUUACACUUUAUAGGGAAGGUUCAGUUUCUUGAAAGUGGGGUUCUUUGGAGUUGCCAUCAGCUGUCAGUACCUUACCUCAGGUGGACAAUGCUUAGAACAUUUCUUAAAGAUCCAGAAAGACAGAAAAGUGGAGUCCAUCAUUCUGAAUCAACUCCAGUUUUUAAAGUUUCACAGCAACUCAAAAGAGUUACUUAGGUGGUUAUUUAACAUAAAAGCCAUUUGCCAUUUAUGAUGAAAACUGUAUUGAUUAAUGAUCCAUUACAGUAACAUUGUGACAUUCUUAGCAGAAGAAAGACGUAACUGAUCAGUGAGAUCUGAUUUGAUGCUAAUGGAAUAGGAUGUAAAACAGCCAUAAGACUGCAUUUUCUCAAACUACUCACCAUGAACGUCAAAUAAAUUAAUGCAAGUGAGAAAAAAGAAUUCCAGUGAGCUACGUUUUUUAUUAUAAGACCAUUGUUUUAGGAUGAUACAUUUUUAUCCUAGUUCCACUUGGCCUACAUGUUAGCAAUACUCAUAACUUCUUUCUCUUCUCAUAAACUGAAGGGAUGCUUUGAUCUUUACUUUGUUGGAACAUUGACUGCUCAUAGUUACUCUGCAAAAUCCCACCUCAAUGUCCCAAACUUUCACUUUAAGGAAAAGGCUGUGAAAAAAUGUUGUUUUUAAACUGACCUAGUUACAAUGUUGCGUUCUGUUUGCAUUUGAAAGUUGGAUUUUCUGAUUUUCCAUACAGAAAUACAAAAAAAAUCUGUAUAAAGUCAGAAUUUUAACUUGGAAAGUUGGAAGUGUCUGAGGAGUCCUGGGUUCAAUAGACAUGGUUAUAGCACAUAUAUUUAAUUUUGCAGAUGUAAACCCAGUUUAAAAAUCCCCCCAAAACAAUUACCGUAAUCUUUUUUUUUUGUGACAUAGUGCUGUACAACAUUUUGUGGUGGACAUGUUCAUGUUUCAAUGCAGAAUAUGGAGAGAAAUGCACUAUUAUUAAAUCAUAUUACUGUAAGUGGGUAGCACUACAAUUGGAAAAAUCCCAGGGGUUUUCCAAAUUGCAACUGGAACACGAUUACUCCUGAUGUGACUUCAUUCUCAACUCCAGCCUCCAAAACAAAUAGGAUGCAACAUAAGUAUUGACUCAACCAGUAUCAGCACAAUAUUCUGGAGUCAAACCCUAAUAUAAACCAAAAACAUAUAUUUAGUGUUGUUAAUGAUGACAAAAGCUUCAGAGCUUGCAGUUGUAAAAGUAUUAUAACAUUUUCAGUGACAGUCCAGAUGUUUGGAAUUAGCUUUGGCUGUUCAGAAAAUUAUGUUUAAUUAUAAAUGAGCAACAUAAUAUUUUGGUGCUCAAACUGAACUCGGAUCAAUGUUAAGUUUGAUCUAUGUUUGAUAUGUGUUAAUAUGACAUGAAAAUUAAGAAUUGUUGAAUGUAUUUAUCUGAAGGGGGUUCAAAGGUUAAAGCAACUGGAGCUCAAUUAAAAGUGACCACUGCAGUAGAGCUCCCCAUGCUGUUUUUCUUUCAGUAGCAACGAUUCUGCCUUCUGUCCUGUCUAAAUAUUAACAAUUCAUAAGUAAAUAAUUGACAGUUUAACCUGACCCAGACAAAAGACAUUUAUCUGUCUGUGCAGACUAGUUAUAUACACUGAGUGAUGACAAGAAGACCAAUCUAAAUUUCUUUGCUUGUAACAUGACAGCGUUGAUAAGUGUUCAGUUGUGGAUGACAGUAAAGCCACAGUAAGUGCUUUCAGAUUUGGAGCAAAAUGUGUAUUCAAAAACUUUCCUUUAAUUUUGUUGUUGUCAAGAACAAACAGAUGUAAUUCGCAGCCUCAAGGAAUACAUUCAGUCCCACCAUGUACUGUGCACAUAUCUGUAUACUUUUAUUGUUUUGUAAAGUAUUAAAUCUAAAUGGAUAUUUUACCAUCCAAAUAAACUGAUCAUAAAAAUA